AGCGCAAGAACACAAAUAAUAGAGCAAGCAAUUGCAAUUACCAAAACUCCUCAGCGGAUUCCCUAACAGUCACAAAACCAACACCACAGCUUGUUGCAAACAAAGAUAGCCCUUGUUAUUUCACCAAGCACAGCCAGGUACAUUUCGGAACAACAAUACAACAAAGGUGAAUCGACACCCAGACCAGACAGAACACGAUGGGCGGCAACAAAUUCCAGGACAUCUUCAAAAACUUGGAGAAAAAAGCUGAACAGCUGAUGGACUCCGACAGCGAGGCCGACGACGAGAUCCUGAAGGAGAUCCGCAAGAACAAUCCCCAGACGAUUGCCGAUGGCGAGGAUUACGAGUGUACCUUUCAGAGUUCCGUGAAUCCCACGCGAUGGGAAAAGGCCGUCGUCGCUCUGCACGGAAUGGUCAAGCAGGUCAGCAAGGUGGACCCUGACGGAAUGGACAUAGUCUGCUUCGGAGGCUCCGAGGACAAGCGUGGCAAGAUCAGUCUUUACCGGAAGGUCAAGAACAUCAAGGACAUCGAGGCGAUGGUCACCUCGAAGCUCCCCAGCGGCCCGUGCCACAUGGGAAGGGCCAUGGAUUUCGUCCUAAAGGAAGCCUUCGAUCGGGGCUUCGAACGACCCUGCGGGAUUCUCGUCUUGACGGCCGGCAUCCCCGACGACAGCGAACGCCUCGAAAAGACCCUGCAGGUCGCGGCGGAGAAGAUCGCUGCGAAGGGCUACAAGGAAUCGCCCCUUAGCGUCACCUUUGUCCACGUCGGAGACGACAAGGAGGCCGAGGACUACAUGCAGCACCUAGACAAGAACAUGAAGAGCCACAAAAAGUCGAGAAAGACAAGAAAGGUCGUCGACAUUGUCGAUUGCAUCAAGGACAGUGAAAUCAAGGCGGCCAUGGCCGAGAUCAAGGGCACCAAAUCGAGCGGGACCACCGGGGCCAUCGUUGGGGCCUUUGCCGGGGCUGCCAUGGGCGUUGGAGGUAUGUACAUGUACAACAAGAACCAGGCCAAGAAGCGCACGGAAGGCUGGAACGGACACUGGAGGGCAACCUACGGCGGCUGCGAGAUCGCCACGCUCAAGGUCAAGGACGAUCUCAAGGGAAAUCUCAAGAUCGAGGGAUUUUCCGGUGGCAAGACGGUGGGAAAGUACGCCGAGCGGCAGUACGGGUACAACAUUACCUUUCGGGACGCAGACGAGGGGUGGAAGAUCACGGGAGACAUCGAGGACGAGCACAACAUCUUUUGGAGCGACGGGACCAAGUGGGAGGAGAUUCCGCACAAGGGGGCCAAAUUCGGCCACUACGCCGGUGCGGCCGCAGCGGGGGCAGCCACCGGCGGUGCCGUGGGAUACCUGCUGGACAAGAAAUUCUUCAAAAAGGCCCACAAGAAGGACCAGGCGGAUUACGUCAUUCUGGUCGACCGCAGCAAGCAGAUGGCGGUCAAGGAUCGAUCCGCGCUGACGCUGAGCGGAACGGACGACGAGUACGAUUUCGUGGAGGAGUACAAACCGGAUGUCGCGGAAACAGAGGAAGACGACAGCGGAGGCGACGGCGACGGUGGCCUGAUCUCGACCGCCACCAAGAAAUUCGAGGGCCUGAGCACGGAACAAAAGGUGGCCGUCGGCGUGGCCGGUGCGGCAGCCGUUGCCGGGGUGGCCGCGGCGGGGGUCGGAGUGGCCCACGCGGUCAAGGCCCACAAGAGCAAAAACGACGGCGACGACGGCGCUCCGGUGGUCCAGGCCCGUGCCGUUGGCGCCUCCGGAAGCGUCCCUGGCCGUGCUCCCGCCGGGGUGAACCAGGGACUGACCGGGAGGUGGCGGGCUACCUUCGAGGGGGACGAGCUGGCAUCGCUCGUGGUGAAAGACGACCUGGACGGGAUCCUGACCAUUUCGGGCUUUUUUGCCGGGAAGACCAUCGGCAGGUACACCCGCAACAGCGUCCAGCGCAUCGUCAAGAUCCACUUUAUCGACGCCGACGAGAACUGGGCCGUCCACGGCGAGGUCAAGGGAGGAGACAGCGAGAGCGUCAUCAUAUGGAAGGAUGGAACCCGCUGGGACAAGAUUUUCUAGGGUUCGAUCUCGGAUCGGAUCGGAUGGGAUGGGAUGGGAUGCAUACUGAUUUGAUUGUUUUGAAUGAGUUACUGUUUUUCCGAUGACCAAAAGCCCAUCCCGUUAUCGCAAGUUUCUCGGGUCCAUGGUGGUAGAUCCCAGCCCGCUCCCCCCCCCCCCCCCCCACAAACGCAAACACAACCUGAGUUCAAGGGUAGAACAAGUGCGUAGUCAUUCCUUGUAUUGAAACAGAGGCUGCGGAGUAUCUUAGCCUGCAUUUCAAGUUUUCACUAGAUAGAGAGCCGUCAUGUAUUAGUCAACAGUAAAAAAUAACGGAGUCA